AUGGCACAUCACGCUAACGAGGAUGAUCGUGGCAGACCAGGCAACUACACCAUGAUGCAGUUCUUCGAAUGGUACUGCGAAGGAGAUGGUGUUCACUGGAAGAAGUUUGAGAGCGAGACGGACCGACUCGCGUCGAUCGGUAUCACCGCAUGUUGGCUUCCACCUCCAACCAAAGGCUCCAGUCCACAAGGUACAGGUUACGACAUCUAUGAUAUUUGGGAUCUGGGCGAGUUUGACCAGAAAGGCGCCGUCGAGACGAAAUGGGGAUCCAAGGAAGAUCUACUCAAAGCUAUAAAAGUGGCCAAGGACAAGGGGAUCAUCACGUAUAUCGAUGCUGUGAUGAACCACAAGGCCGGGGCAGAUGACAAAGAAGAGUUCUUGGCCACUAUGGUGGAUCAGAAUGAUCGGAACAAACUUAUUGGAGAAACUCACAACAUCGAGGGGUGGACAAAGUUUAAUUUUCCAGGCCGAGGGGACAAGUAUUCUUCGAUGAAAUGGAACUACAAUCAUUUCACCGGAGUCGACUACGACGCGAAAACAGAGACCAAAGCUAUCUACAUGAUCCAAGGUGACGGUAAAGAUUGGGCGAAAGACGUCGACAAGGAGAAUGGGUCUUAUGAUUAUCUCAUGUUUGCCGAUAUCGAUCAUGCCCACCCUGAAGUGGCGGACGAGUUCAAAAAAUGGGGUGAAUGGAUUCUCAAAGAGACGGGGGCGUAUGGUUUCCGUUUUGAUGCUGUCAAACACAUAUCCCGGCAAUUCAUCGAAGACUUUGUCAAACAUAUCCGAUCCGCGGAGGGAUCAAGGUCUAAGGCUUUCUGUGUUGGAGAGUUCUGGAAAGAUUCAGUCGAUACCCUCGUAGCGUACGUGGAAGGAUUAGGUACACAAUUUUCGUGCUUUGACUCUUGUCUGCAAGCCAACUUUAAGGAAGCCGGUGAGGCUCGUGAGAAUUACGAUAUCCGGAAAAUCUUUGACAAUACGCUCGUGCAGCGUAGGCCUAUUGAUGCUGUUACACUGGUGGAUAACCACGACACUCAAGUGGGUCAAUCACUCGAACGAUGGGUUUCGUCCGCCUUCAAGCCGCUCGCCUAUGCUCUCAUAUUGCUUCGUCCUGACGGCUAUCCAUGUGUCUUUUAUGGUGAUCUAAACGGAUGUGGUGGUGAGAAUCCCCAGAAACCUGUUAAGCAGCUCGACGACAUCAUCCGUUGUCGCAAGUUGUUCGCUUAUGGCGAGAAAUUGGAUUACUGGGACCACCCAAACUGUGUGGCUUGGGUACGGAAAGGUGACGAAGAACAUGAUGGUUGCGUCGUGGUCAUUUGUAAUGGGAAGGAAGACGGGUCGAAGAAGUGCGAGGUGGGUGAGGAUCAUAAAGGUGAGAAGUGGACCGAUGCGUUAGGAUGGUACCAAGGAGAGGUGAUUGUAGGUGAUGAUGGGUGGGCCGAAUUUCACUGUCCACCGGAGAGCAUUUCGAUCUGGACCAAGGUUGAUGCUAAGGGAAGGGACGAAUUUAAGAGUUGA